AUGGAUGUUAACGAUUCUGAUUAUCAAAAUUUGUUGCAGUAUUAUGAUCUACUUAUUCAACAAGAAGAAGAAUAUCAAUUGAAUGAAGGUGAAUACGAAGAUGAAUAUGAAGAUGAAUACGAAGAUGAAUACGAAUAUGAAUACGAAGAUGAAUACGAAGAUGAAUAUGAAGAUGAAUAUGAAGGUGAAGAUGAAAUCGUAUAUGAAAACAUAUAUUUUAAUCCCAAAACGAACUCUUUUAUUGAUUUAGGAAAUCAAUCAAUACACGCACAACUUGCCACAAUGUCAUUACGUAAUACUUUGGCGACGUUGAAGAUUAAUUAG